CAGCUGGGGAGGGCGAUGAGGGGGUGAGUGACAAAAAGAAAGAGAGCGAGCGAGCGAGAGAGAAAGAAAGAACGAACGCAAGCAAGCAAGAAAGAGAAAAACGGCCUUUCCUUCCGACAGAGCGCCUCCAUCCCCAUGAUCUCAUGAAUAAAUUAUAGCGACUCGUUGUGCAAUAGAGGGAGGAAUGCAGUCGAGCAGACUCGCGCGCGCAGCAGCAGCGACUCUUUGGAUUUACACAAAAAACAUUUCGUUAAAACACACGAAUGCUGGGAGACAGAAAGCUUAGGGCGUUUUAUUCCACAACAUAUGGAUCAUAUAAAUAGAAAUCCGACGCAUUCACAAAUAAUAUGAUCCAGUUUUAACGGACUCGCACGGCUUCCGAUUCCUGAGGUAACCUUAGAUAUCCGAGAAAAGACAGAAACGGCUGCGUUUGUAUCCAGUUCAACCCAGCAGAGCUCGAAAUAGAUCUUCAUCUUUUGUUUUUGAACGUUUCGAGGGGAUUUUCUUCCAAGGAAAGCCGAACACGGAAUCAAAUCCAGCCAACAGAUCAACAACCUCGGGCAGCCGGAGUGGAAGACUGCCUGCUAGGUUGAGGAGAUUCGGGGUGUCCCAUAGACCCCUAGGUUCCUCCGAUGAACCCCAUCAACUCCAUGAAACCUGCCCUGCCUCCAACGCCACACAGUGACGCCUCUUACCCAUAUGAUCCUGUCCCCUGGCAACAAGGCCCAAAUCAGCCUGCCGGCUCCCUCUCUGUGGUAACCACAGUGUGGGGGGUAACCAAUCCUUCACCCAGCCAGGUUUUUGGCGCUCCCAUGGGUCCAGGCGGAAACUCAGCCGGUGGUCACAUGAUGCCUGGCAACAGCCCGGGCAUGAACUCCCCUCAGUUUAUGAGCCAGCAGGGCUACCCCGAGCCCAACAAGGGCUUCAUGCAGCAGGGCAUGUACGGGCGGCCCAGCGGGGGAUACCCGGCCGGGCCUGGAUAUGGGGGCAGUUACCCAAAUAACGGAGGGGGUUCCCUUGGGAUGCCGCCCCAUGGAGUCCGCCCGCCCACUGACUUUACCCAAGCGGCUGCCGCAGCUGCUGUGGCCGCAGCCGCAGCCACAGCGACGGCCACCGCCACAGCAACUGUCGCCGCGAUACAGGAGAAGCAAAACCAGGAGCUGAACUAUGGGCCUAUGGGUGGUGCUUCCUCUUACAACACCCAGUUCCUGUCGCACUCUGGACCCCGUGGCCCACCCGGUAUGGCCCCCUCCGGAAUGGUCAGCUCCAGACCUCCUUCCAUGGUACCCAUGUACCCACAGCAGGGCCAGAGGUUGCCCCAGCAUCCCGUCUACCCAGGAGGCCAGCAGGGUCCUCCGCGCCACCAACAGGGCCUGAAACGCCCCUAUAACUCUGACGGAUUUCCAGGUCAGCAGUACGGUCCCGGGAUGGGAGGCGGGGUCCCGUACCCAGGACAGCCCAUGCAGUACCAUGUCCCAGGGACACAGCGGUCCGCUCCUUCCCCGUCUUACCCAACCCACCGAAUGCCCCUCCAGCAACCCAAUAUGGGCCAGUAUCCUGCAGGACCAGGAAACCCCAACCAGUACUACAAGCAAGCGGACCAGUUUAACGGACAGGGAAACAGCCACAAUAGUGUGUCCUCAGGAGUGACGGGAGCCGGGUACAACACCUUCAACCAGGCCGCCGUCAAUGGGCCCGGACGUGCGAUGCCAGGAUACCCCAGCUCUCCUCUCCCAGGAAACCCCACUCCUCCCAUGACCCCUGGCAGUUCGAUGCCCCCAUAUAUGUCCCCCGGCCAAGACGUCAAGUCGCCCUUCCUCCAUGACGUCAAGCCCAACAUUAACUCUCUGCAGCCCCAUACAGGAAACCCCAGUGAUGACCUACGUCUGACCUUCCCUGUACGGGACGGGGUGGUGUUGGAGCCUUUUAGAUUGGAGCACAACCUGGCUGUCAGCAACCACGUCUUCCAGCUGCGAGACUCCGUGUAUAAGACCCUUAUGAUUAGGCCUGACCUGGAGCUGCAGUUUAAGUGCUAUCACCACGAAGACCGGCAGAUGAACACCAACUGGCCGGCGUCGGUACAGGUGAGCGUCAACGCCACGCCUCUCACCAUCGAGCGCGGGGACAACAAGACUUCCCACAAACCCCUUUACCUGAAGCAAGUGUGCCAGCCGGGACGCAACACCAUCCAAAUAACGGUCACAGCCUGCUGCUGUUCUCAUCUUUUCGUGCUGCAGCUGGUUCACAGGCCGUCUGUGCGCUCCGUGCUUCAGGGUCUGAUGAAGAAGAGGCUCCUGCCAGCGGAGCACUGUGUCACUAAGAUUAAGAGGAACUUCAGUAGCGGUACCAUCCCAGGAACUCCCGGCCUUAACGGCGAGGAUGGUGUGGAACAGACAGCCAUCAAGGUGUCGCUCAAGUGUCCGAUCACCUUCCGACGCAUCCAGCUUCCUGCCAGGGGCCACGACUGCAGACAUAUACAGUGCUUUGACCUGGAAUCAUACCUGCAGCUCAACUGUGAGAGAGGAACUUGGCGUUGUCCUGUGUGCAAUAAAACAGCCCUUCUGGAGGGGCUAGAAGUGGACCAGUACAUGUUGGGCAUUCUGAUCUACAUCCAGAAUUCGGACUACGAGGAGAUCACCAUUGAUCCGGUGUGCAGCUGGAAGCCAGUCCCGGUGAAACCAGAUCUACAUAUUAAAGAGGACCCAGACGGCCCUGCCCUGAAACGCUGUCGCACCUUGAGCCCUAGUCAUAUGAUCUUGCCCAACGUCAUGGAGAUGAUUGCAGCUUUAGGGCCGGCCUCCUCACCCUACCAGUCUAUGCCACAAGGUGGCAGCAGCAGCACGCCUGAUUAUCCCAGCCAAGGUGGCUCAGGAUACUCUAACCAACCAGGCUUCUCAGAUUUCCCCAAUGCCCCUGGCACACCGACCCUGGGGGAGUUUACUUCUGGGCCGCCCCCUCUCUCCUACCAGUCUGACCUGCCAAGUGGCCUCCUUACCCCUGAAAAACCUGUGGGACACCCGAUGUCAGGACAGAUGCCUCACUCUAGUCGCAUGGAGCCUUCCCACAAUCCCCUUCAGCAACAGCAGCAUCAAUCUCUCCAUGUUAACUCCAACAUGGGUGCCCCCGGUGGACCCAUGCACUCCCGCAACUCCUCCCAGAAUCCCCGGAUGCACACAGACAACUUUGUGUUGGGGGGCCCUGGGGGACCCGGCGACGUUUCAGAGCCGGCCCUUGAUCUUCUCCCAGAGCUGACAAACCCAGAUGAGUUGCUGUCCUACUUGGGUCCUCCUGACCUUCCCAACAACAGUAACGAUGAACUGCUCGCUCUGUUUGAGAGCAACUGAGCCCCCCGUCCCGCUCAUUCAUCAGUCACACAUUGCCGUCCAACACACAGCCUCCCUAAACCCUCACACUCCCGACUCAUCGAGGGGAGCUUUGGGAAGCCUAGCAGAUAUCCGAUUACGUCUUUGCACUGUUUCCUCCUGAGACUGGAAUGCAGUGACUCAUGGGAAGGUGCAACGAAGAUCUUUCUUUUUCUUUUUUUCUUCCUCCUGUGACAAUGUUACUGUUCGUCUGCUUCUCUGAACUCUGUCGAGAUUUUAUUGUGAAUUUCAGUUUGAAAGAGUUCCCGCUCUUCUCUCGAAUCAUUUGUAGAAAGAUGCCUCAUCUCACAUCAGACUCGUGUGGUGUAAAUGACAUUGUGUGGGGUGGGUCAUUGUUCGUUUUUUCAUUGCAGCUCCUGUUUUAAAUCUAAAUUAGAUGAGGAAUUCACUUCAGUGCUGAUCUAAAGUACUACACUUCAGAAAUCACACGGGGAAAGCCAAAGUGUCUCUGUUGUAACUUGAGAAAAACAAACGGAUGAACGUAAUUCUCUUAAUAAACAGGCAGACUUAUGUUUUAUUUCUUCCUUUUUUUUGCCCAAAGAUGACCACAAACUAGCUCCAUGUGACGUAUCAUGGUUUUAAACCACAAAUGACUUGAUCUUAAGUGAACUUUACUUGAAGAAGACCUCAAGUGUGUAGCCUUUUUCCUUUUAAACGUGCUAAUAGAGGCAAUCACAAUGUGUCAGACCUUAAACAGUAGCAUUAAAGAAGUGCACUAUUACAUUUUGCACACACACCGAGCCCUUCAAGAGUUACUGUAUUUGCCUUCACACGAAGGAAAUUGAAGGCAAAGAGUCAUUUUUUGUGACACCCACACAAAUACACACACGCACACCUCAAGCCCCACUUGGUGUGUGUUUUGGCACAAACUCAAGACUAAUUUUAUGCCACACCCUGUUCUCUGUUUUCGUUUCUUUCCCCCUCAAUGUUCUUUUUAACAACGGUCUUCCUCCCCUGUGGGUUUAAGGCCACGAGGUCUGGAGUUCUAGCAUUACGGAAAAAGGACUAGAAUCUGUGAUUGUCAUCGGCUCAAAUCACACCCUCACUUGCGGACACAUUUCACUUGCCCUUAAAUAUGCAAGUUUGGGCUCUUAUUUGGUAGAAAUUCUGUUUUCUUCGUCAACAAAAUGUGUGAAGCUUUGAAACCAGACAGAGCACAAGCAGCCCUGUAGCACCUUGUAGACAAGUUGUAAGACAACACAAAUGCACACAAGGACAUUUUUUUGGACAAACACCUUCCCGUAGUGGGAUUUUGCUCUGACAAAUCUGGGUGGGUGGGAGUGUCACAACAGGAAAUGGACUAAUGUUUAUAGCCACACUCGUAAUUGAGGAGGAAAACAUUGGGAUUCAUGUGAAAUAUGUACAGAUAUAGUAUUAUUAUUGUCGCAGAUGUGAACUUUCUCUCAACCCCAUGAUAUGGAAAGAAAAAAAAAGGACAUUUUAAACACUAUGACAAGAGCUCAUGUCAGGCAUUCCCCCCCGUUUUCCAUUCAGUGCUCGCUUUCUCGGCGUGGAGGGGAGAUGAGUCUGCAGUCGAUUCCUGUCUUGUCUGAUUUUAUUAUUUAUCAUUGCUCUUUGGGCACCAUUAGCGAAGUGCAGUUUGUAUAUUAACAAUACAGGGAGUAUCAAGAGUCGUCGGAUAUGCUUUUCUUCUUUAUUUUUUAGUUUGAAGUCAUUUGUGUAUCAUACAAUUUUAUCUUUGAUUAUAUAAUAAUUGUUAUUAUAAUUAUAAAGAUAAUUGAUGGGCCUGUAUGCAUCUCUCUUCCGUGUUAACUAGCAGAGUUUAUGAAUUUGUUAGAAAGAGAAAAAAAAAUGAAUUCACCAUCAAAAUCUGUGACCAUGAUCAUGAAAAACUGAGAAACCAGCAUCACUUGUUGAUCAAACUGUUCAAAAAGAUGUUUGACUGUCAUGUGUUGGUGGAUCACUAAGUUCUAUCAAUUGAAUUAAACAUGUACAAUUGAAAUCGAUUUGUUUUCUAAAGAUGUGAAAUAUUUCCAUUAUGUUUUAUAAGUAAAGACUUAAGCCCCAUUGCGUUUCAUUGGCUUUAUUUGGAGAG